AUGUGUACGGUGCUCGUUUGGGCAAGACAACUCUUUGAUGCUCUCGAUUACAUGUACCAAGAGCACAAGAUCGUUCAUCGAGACUUGAAACCGGAAAACAUCUUGGUGACAGAUGAGUAUUUUUUGAAGAUCGGCGAUUUGGGAGCGGCCAAAUAUAUUGAUCACACGUUUUCGGGGAGCUUCGUGGGAACCCACCGCUACAUGAGCCCACUACAGAUUGACGAGAGCCAGGAAAUUUCGGAUCCGAGUAAACAAAGUAUUCAACACUCUCACAAAAAUGAUGUCUACAGUCUGGGACUUGUUUUGUGGGAGAUCGUCGAGAGGAGAGUCGUUCUUGCUGGGUACAACGAGCGAGAUGGUUAUUUUAACCGGGAUCUCUUUUCUCAUGACAUCAACUCGAAGAAACUCAAAGAAGCAUUGCUUUGUAGAUGUCAAGCGAACGUGCAAGAACUUAUAGAAAACUGUACACGUUUUGCUCGAAACGAACGACCAACAGCCUAUGUGGUUCUAGAGGAUUUGCAAGCAAUACUUUCUAGUGAUUUAUUCAUUUCACAACUCACAUUUGAGCCAAGAGAAGAGGAAGAACAGAGGAAACUCCUCCGACCGAUCGGCUUCAAUGGAACCGAAGAGAGGGUUUUCAUUUUGGAUCAUUUUGGAAUUAAUUUGGAUCCCUCGGUGGACUUGUUUGCCCCUGUUAUGAUGGAGAUUUGU